AUGUCUCUGUGGGAACACCAGCUACUUGGUUCCUGGUGGCUCUGGACUCAGACACUGAUUUGUUUUGGUUGCCUUGCAAUUGCGGUCCGCGACUUGAAAGAUAUUGGACUUCAAGAGAGUAUACCACUCAAUCUUUACAGUCCCAACACAUCUUCUACAAGUUCAAGCAUUAGAUGCAGUGACAAGUGUUGUUUUGAAUCGAGUCGGUGUUCUUCUCCUGCAAGUAUUUGCCCUUAUCAGGUUUCCAACUCUUUUACCACAGCCACUACAGGGACAUUGGUACAGGAUGUAUUGCAUCUGGUCACAGAGGAUGCGCGUUUAAAGCCUGUCGAAGCUAAUAUCACGCUUGGUUGCGGUCAUAAUCAGACAGGUCUGUUCCAGAGAACUGUUUCUGUGAAUGGUGUUCUCGGUCUUGGUAUGAAAGAUUAUUCUGUUCCGAGCCUUCUGGCAAAAGCUAAUAUCACUGCAAACUCCUUCUCAAUGUGUUUCGGGCGUGUCAUUAGCUUUCUCGGAAGAAUCAGUUUUGGAGACAAAGGCUACACAGACCAGGAGGAAACUCCAUUCAUUUCUGUUGAACCAAGCAAGGCAUAUGGUGUGAAUGUGACGGAAGUAUCAGUGAAGGGAGUUCCUGUUGGUGUUCGCCUGUUUGCACAAUUCGACACUGGCUCAUCAUUUACACAUUUACUGGAGCCAGCAUAUGGUCUUAUUACCAAAGCUCUGAACGAGCAAAUCAAGGACAAGCGACGCCCAGUUGAUCCUAAGAUUUCUUUUGAGUUCUGUUACGACUUGAGUCCAAACGUGUCACUCUCGGAAGUACUACCUCCACCUCCAGUAGAGAUGACAUUCGCAGGAGGAUCCAAAAUGAGCCUCCUGACUCCAUUUUUUGGAGCACGGUCUCAGGAGGGUAGUCUGAUGUACUGCAUGGGUAUUCUGAAUAGUGAAAAUCUCAAGAUUAACAUCAUCGGACAGAACUUGAUGUCGGGCCACCGCAUUGUAUUCGACCGGGAGAGGAUGAUUUUGGGUUGGAAGCGUUCUAAUUGUUUUGGAGAUGACAGCUUACCAUUUACGGCUCCUCCACCACCACCAGAGAUCGAGGCUCCUCCACCAAGAGCAUCCAGUCCACCAUUUCUUGUUGCUGCUGCUACACCUCCACCAAUCGACCCUCGUAACUCCACCGGAAACUCUGGAUCAGUGGGUGCAUCCAUUCUCGUCCUACUUCUCCUACCUGGUUUGGCCUUCCUCUGA